UUUAAAAAUAUAUAAACAACGUGGAGAUCCGUUUAUGCUGCGUGAUGAUGAAUUUCAACUGAGGUACCGAUUUUCAAAAAAGGGCGUAGAAAAAAUAACUGACUUGGUGAAACAGGACUUAACGUUUGAUAGUAGAGGCGCUGGAACUUCCGCAAGAUUACAAGUUCUAGUAGCUUUGCGAUGUUGGAGUCGUAGAGAAGUACAAGACGAUGCAGGUGAUUUACACGGCCUUAGCCAGGCUACAGUCAGUCGCAUUUGCGUUAGAGUAGCUAGGGCUCUUGCAAAACAUGCCGCAACUGUGAUUAAAAUGCCAGAAUCAUUGAUAGAAGAGGAAGCAAAUAUGAAAAGCUUCAAACGCAUAAAAAAUUUUCCAAAUGUGAUUGUAGUGUAG